AUGUCUAUUAAUAUAAUGAGUGAACAGUUGUUUCGCAAUCACUUGAUGUCCAUUGAAUGCAAACAAAUCGCUUCAGACAUGCAUUCAAUCGAUAAUCUGUUUGCGGAUGACGUCCAACGAAGACAAUUGGGCUUCAGGACUGAGCCCUACAUCCGACCCCCAAUUGAGAUCACUUUGCGGUCGACUUUCAAAAUGAAUGUCAAAGAGUUGGAGAUCGGACUCAAACUCAACGAUAAUAAAAGCGAUUCAUUGGAGAUUUCUUCGGCCAGUGAUUCGCAAGAGUUUCAGAUAAUUACCAAACAAUUCAAUUGUCACUCAUUUGACUCGUUGUGUCUCAAGAAUGUCUGCUUUCGACUCAAUUCCACAUUAAGUUCUGUGAACACGAGUGCAACACAACGAGACAACUGUCCCCUCAGACACACCACUCGUGUCCACGCAAUCAAGUGCUUCAAGAAUUGCUUCCAAAUAAAUGCCAUUAAAAUCAAAAUCUUCAGAACAGCCAACUCUUCGGUU